GUGGCAAGAAGCCGCUGACAGCCCCUGAGCGUCGCGCUUAUAUACGCAUGCGCCGAGAGUCUAAUGGAGAUAGAGACGGAAUUAAUUAAUUAUUUAAAUAAUUCAAACGUAAUAUAACAUAUAAUCAUGGAACACAAAUUCAAUGAUAUCCUUCAGGAUGAUAAUUCAUACGAGGCUGCUUUGAAAGCAUUAUGUAAUUUACAAAGCAAUGCUCGCUAUUUGAAAUCAGGAGUAAAAAACAAUCCUAAUGAUUUUAGUAAAUUAUCUGAAACAAAAAAAUAUUUACUCCGAUGUGGUAUUACAUCUGAAAAGUUGGAUAUUUUAUCUGUUAUACACGUAGCAGGUACAAAAGGAAAGGGUUCCACUUGUGCAUAUACAGAAGCUAUCUUGCGUGAACACAACUUUAGCACAGGAUUUUUCAGUUCUCCACAUUUGGUUAAUGUAAGAGAACGUAUAAGAAUAAAUGGACAACCAUUAAGUGAAAUAUGUUUCAGCCAACACUUUUGGAAAGUUUAUAAGAAACUAGAAGAUAGGAAAGAACAUGAAUUUGAUAUGCCUACGUAUUUUUAAUUUUUUACAAUUUUAAUGUUUAACAUAUUUUUAGAUGCUAAUGUGGAUGUUGCUAUAAUUGAAGUUGGAAUUGGGGGGGAAAAUGAUUGUACAAAUAUUGUAAGAAAUCCUGUCUGUGUGGGUAUAACUAGUUUAGCAUUAGAUUAUAUCUUAGGUAAUACUAUCGAGGACAUAGCUUAUCAAAAGUCCGGAAUUUUUAAGCCAAAAACCACUGCUUUCACUGUUCCACAGCUACCUCGAGCAAUGUGUGUAUUAGAAAAGAGAGCUGUAGAAAAGAAUUGUACGUUAGAUCUUGUCCCUCCCUUUGAAGAAUAUAGAUGGGGAAAUCUUUCACUUAUUCUGAAGAUAACAAGUAAUAUCCAACAACAGAAUGCAUCCUUGGCUAUUCAAAUGGCUACUACAUGGAUGACUAAAACAGAUAAAUAUUCAGAUAUUCUGCAUAAUGCUGAAAAUGAUAAUCAAUUUUACAAUAAGUAUAAAGAAAAUACUCAGCUAAAUAGAGUCAUAAAGCCAAACAUAAUAUUCAUGGAUAAAAUUGCAGUAGGUAUAUCUUCUUGUAAAUGGCCAGGUAGAAUGCAAAUUUUAGAAAGUAGUAUUGCUCAUUUUUUCUUAGAUGGUGCGCACACGAUUGAAAGUAGCGAAUGUUGUAUUUCUUGGUUUAACGAUGCAAUUAGUAAAAAAAGGGGGAAAAAGUUUCUAAUUUUUAAUACAUCUGGGAUUCGAGAUUCGGAAAAAUUAUUAGUACCGUUAAAAUCUUUACAUUUUUACAAAGCAUAUUUUGUACCCAAUUUUGCAGGGAUUAAAAAUAUAGACGAUGAAACGAACUGUUCGUCGAUGGAUGAACAAAGACAUAAGUGUGAAAUUAAUGCCAAUAUAUGGGGAACGGAUUCACUAGUUAAAAAUAGCGUUAAUGAAGUUUUCCAGGAUAUAAAAAAGAACUUUGAAAAAGAAGUUAAUCACAACAACGACGAAAAAUAUCAAAUCCUUAUUACGGGAUCGUUACAUUUAGUAGGUGCAGCUCUUACUAUCUUAGAUCCAAAUUUAACGAUGAGUUCGCAGUUUUAACGGAAUGUACAUAAUUCUUUUUUUUUACAAACAGUAGAAUUAUAUAUUCAAUAACUAUAAUAACAGUUGUAUCGAUUCAUAAUUUAGUAAUGAGAUAUUGUAUCAUUACUUCGAUGACGAUCAUAAAGUAUUCGUUGAUAUUUUUUCUUAACAAUUUUUAUCCUUUUUUUUUGUACUUUUGUAUAAAUAUGUUUUUCCUAAAACUACAUAAACGUAAUGUUAUAAUAAUUUGUACAUGUGACAAGUAAGUGUUAUACACGUUCAUGUAUGACAUACAAAAUACGUGAUGUUAAAUUAAAUUGAGAAAGUGUUUAAAACAUUUUUAUCUGGUAAUCUAA